AUGUCAGCGCUAACCCACACAAUUUGCCCAGAUGUUCGAUUUUUUCUUAAACUCAAUCUAACAAGCCUCGUUUAUCGGCCAAUAUCUCAAUUCGAGAUCGAUUUAAUCAUUACAUGGAGUAUUUUGUUCAUCAUUAUAUUAGUCCCAAAUGCUUUAUUAGUGGGUGUUAUUUGCUUUAAAAAAUCACUAUGGACACACAGUAGUGUACUAGUUGGAAGUCUAUGCCUCGCCAAUAUCUUAUUUUGCUUUCUAUAUAUUUUACCGGUUAAAAUCAUGGUUAUUGGGAAUUCUAUUCACCCAUUUACUAAUAUUUAUUGCCAAUUAUCCCAUAAUGUUAUCCAAUUUGCUUUCGUUUGCUGUAUGAAUUUUCAUAUUUGUUCUAUCAGCUUAGAGAAAUUCAUUGCCAUCACAUCUCCAUUCUGGUAUAAUCAAAUCAGUGUUUACAAAUCGGUCAUGUUUGGUAUCAUUUUACUAAUUUGUUGGAUUUUACCUACUUUUGUGGCAUUUUUGCCCUUGAUAAUUGAUUGGUGGCGUUUCUGCCCUUAUUACUGUCUAAUGUCAGAAAUAAAGGCAAAUCGUAGGAUAAGCUUACAAGCAUGGCACGUAUUUUGGGCCUUCUUGAUGUUUCUGCUUCCUACUAUAGUCACUAUUAUCUUCUAUGUUCGGAUCUUUUUGGUUGCAAAAGAUCACGCUAGUAGGAUAAGAGCUGAAAAUCAAUCCAGUUCCACCUCUACUUCUUCGCCUUUUGGUUUAAAAGCCGUCAAAACUGUAGCAAUCGUUGUCGGAGUUUAUGUGUUCUUACAAACACCUUAUAAUGUCUACCAAGUAAUCAAUGUCUUAGAUAAAACUCUAUCACGCAGACUAAAUAAAUAUCACGUACGGGAAUGGCUAUUUUAUUUAGCAUCAUGGAAUCCAGUCGCUAGCCCAAUCAUUUACGGAUUUUUCAACAAAAACUUACGCGAUGGUGUUAUGUCCUUAUUUUGGCGAUGCAAGACUGUACGAGCUCGAGCAAGCAGUAGUUCUACACUACUAAGCUAA